UCUAGCAGAUAUGGGCUACAAUUGUGUGACCAACAUUUUUUUAACAUUAAAAAAUACAUUCUUUUUCGUUUUAACCUUCUCGAUGAUGGUCGCAAUGUCGAGAACCAUUUGAGGCACAGGUAUGGGCUACAAUUGUGUGACCAACAUUUUUUUAACAUUAAAAAAUACAUUCUUUUUCGUUUUAACCUUCUCGAUGAUGGUCGCAAUGUCGAGAACCAUUUGAGGCACAGGUCUUCCAAAAUUUGCUACUUUGCUACUCGUGAAUCUUUUGGGUUCCUCUCUGCUGCUGGGAUUAUAUCAAUGGCUGCAAACAUCCUUCAUCAGGUUCCUGGGUUUGCGCUCACCAGAGUGGUGAUACAGCCAUCAAAACCAAAGCUAGCACUUCCCAUCUCAUUUGCAUCAGCUAUGAAUCCCAAAGGACAACCCUUACAGCUAUGUGCACCUUUAACUGCAACUCUUGUAACUGGCAGCAGGUGCACAAGUCUGUCCUCUUCUACCAAAAAAAGAAAUCUCAUUGCGCAUGCAGAAUCUGACAGCACAGUGUCUGAACCUGAAAAAGAUGAUACCCAAAUUGAUGCAGCUUCUUCAGAUGAUACCCAAAUUGAAGCAGCUUCUCCAGACGGUACAACUUUGGUAACAACUGAGGAACAGCUUCAAUCUCCUCCAACAAAGCCUAGGGUAAAACUUGGUGAUAUCAUGGGGAUGCUUAACAAGCAAGCAGUUGAAGCUGCAGAGGAGGCAAGACCUACUCCCGAUGUCAGACCAGGAGAUAUUAUAGAGCUUAGAGUGGCAUCGAAGACUCGACGGAGGCUUUACUUAUACAAAGGUAUAGUAAUAUCGAGGCAAAACGCUGGUAUACAUACAACUAUCCGAGUGAGACGAAUAAUUGCAGGCAUUGGCAUAGAGAUAGUGUUUCCAUUAUACUCGCCAAAAAUCAAAGAGAUCAAAGUCGUCAAACAUAGGAAGGUUCGUCGAGCAAAAUUGUAUUACCUACGAGAUAAACUUCCUAGAUUUUCAACCUUUAAGUGAAAGUUCUAUGAUAUGAAAUCCCAAGGAACUUAGCACAUUAGAUUGGUAGAUUGUAUUCAGAAAAUUGCAAUCUAUAAGUGUAAAGUAAAACAAAAUUAGUACUAUCAAUUUUCUUUGUCAGAAGCCAUAGUAAAUUUGAAACAGCUUUAAUGCCGAUUUUUUGUUUUCAAACCUUGCCCACUAAGACAGGAGAACCAAAUCUUGUAUCUGCUUGCCUGCAUCCAAUUUAUGUAACAUGCUAUGUUUUCUUCAAGAAAUUAUUUCUACACUUUA